CUUGCCAACCGCCAUAAAAACAGAAGAAGAAGAAGAAGACGACGCAGACGCAGAAAGCCGCGAGCAGGACGUUAAUAAGUCAGUUUUAUUAUUUGUUCUCCAGUUUGAAAUAUUUACGUCGUAUAAAAUACAUCUGUGAUUCUUUAUUUAAGGAUAAAGUCGUAUUGAUGCGCUAGAAGCACUGUGCCGCUUCUCCUGCUAUCUUAGCUCGCUAGUUAGCUUAGCUUGUUAGCUGCUAACAGAAGUGAUCAACACAUCGCUAAGUAGAGAUCAAGUGUGAGAGUAAAGUCUUGAAAAUGUCUACAUUACAAAUGUUGAGAGCGUUGGUGGAUCAGCGACUAACUGCUGCCGUCGAAGAAAUAUUUGUAGUGUUAGAAAGAACGAUAGCAGAAUACGAGGCGGAACUUUCGAGAACAAAGGAGGAUUACAAUCAACUACUGGACGCGGUUUUCAAGAAACAUCAAGUUGUGUUACACAGAACAGACGUCCAGCAGCCCCCUCACAUUAAAGAGGAAGAGGAGGAAGUGUGGAUCAGCCAGGAGGGACAGUGUCUUCUAGGACAGGAGGAGGCUGAUGUCAGCAAGUUUCCACUGACUGUUGUCUCUGUGAAGACUGAAGAGCAUGAAGACAAAGCAGCUGAGUCCUCACAGCUUCAUCACAGUCCAAACGUCCAGCAGGUGUCAGCACAGAGUCAUGAAGAGAUUCCCUCCAAGCAGCAGGGGUGGAGCUCCAGUGUGGGACAAAAGAAGCUCCAGCCCACUCCUAUAGAAGAAGAAGAAGAGGAGGAACUGUGGGAGCAGCUUCCAAGGUUGGAGGAGGUUAAUGACGAAGAUGAUAUAAAGUCAGAACCAGACAGCAUCUUUGCUCCACUGUCAGACAUGGACCACAUGAUGUCAGACUCUUCUGAUCACAGUGACCACAUCCAAAAACCUUUGACGAGUAAAAAUGACACUAAAGGUGAUACGAGACACCACACUAACAACAAACACUUUGACUGCUCUCAAUGUGGGAAAUCAUUUCGACAGAAGAGUCAUUUUACAGUGCACAUGAGAAUACAUACUGGAGAGAAACCUUUUACUUGCUCUGUUUGUAAGAAGAGUUUCCCCAGAAAGCAUGACAUGACCACACACAUGAGAACACACACAGGUGAGAAACCUUUCCCUUGCUCUGUCUGUAAGAAGAGUUUCCCCAGAAAGCAUCACGUGACCGCACACAUGAGAACACAUACUUUAGAGAAACCUUUUAAUUGCUCUGUCUGUAAGAAGAGUUUCCCCAGUAAGCCUGAUAUGACCAGACACAUGAGAAUACAUACUGGAGAGAAACCUUUUGCUUGCUCAGCUUGUGCUAAACGAUUCAACACUAAGAAUAUCAUGAUAUUACACAUGAGAACACACACAGGUGAGAGACCUUUCACUUGCUCUGUCUGUAAGAAGAGUUUCCCAAGAAAGCAUCACAUGACCACACACAUGAGAAUACAUACUGGAGAGAAACCUUUUGCUUGCUCAUUUUGUGCUAAACGAUUCAACACUAAGUAUGAAAUGAUGUCACACAUGAGAACACACACUGGUGAGAAACCAUUUAGCUGCACUGUGUGUGAUAAAACAUUCAGGUCUAAGUUUCAGGUCAGUAAACACAAGUGUGUAACAGUCAUGGAAGCUGCAGGGAUUUAAAAACACUUAGACAGUGAUUGUGCUAAAUGUACUUUAAAAACACAGCAUGUUUAAUAUGAAUGUAUAUUUUACGUUGAAUGUUCUGCUUCUCAUCUUCUACUGUUAUAUGUUGUCCUGUAAUUCCUGUUAAGUUGUGUGCAUUUAUUAAAUAUUAUUAUGCUGCCACAUUUUUAUUCUAUUUUCCCAUUGUUAAAGAGAGGUCAUCUUAUUUUUUAACUUUUAUUUAUUUUUUCACACAUUUUUUCCAUUGCAUUUUAUUGAUGUUAUUAUCCAAUUAAAGUCCUACUGAAAGCCACUACUAGCCACCACACAGUCUGAUA